GAUCUCGAAAACAGCGGGAGAGAAAAAGCGGGAGGGAGAGAAGAAAGACGGCUGGUUGGUUUAUGGAGGAGGGAUGUGGUGAGAAGAGAUUGCGGAUUGCUGAUUGGAGGAUUCUGAGGAUGGCGGUCUCAGGUAGGGGAGGGAAAAUGUUUGAUGUUUGAGUUUGAGGUCAAACCUUUGCUGUGACCUUCUCCCUUGGUGAGGGAUUGGUGGUGCGGGUAAAGAAGGGGGUUGUUUGAGAAUUUGUGCUGAGCGCUUAUUUUUCGAUGGGGAGGGGGGAUGGAUUUGAUUUGAUUUGAUUGUUUUGGAUAACGUUAACUCAUUCAGAAAUUGAUUAUUUAUUUAUCUAUUUGUGGAUUGUCAUUCGAAUUCGAAUUGGGAUCGGGAUGUCACAACGGCGCAACUGAUUUUUUAUCAACAAACGACCUCUUACGACCUGGGAAUUGGAGAGCGAGAGUGAGAGUGAAAUUGACGAAUCGAGCGUGCUAACUAUUCUCCACAAAAAAUAAAUUAUAAUCUGAGUUGAAGAAGAGAGAAGAGGAGAAGUCAAGAGAAGGAAUUGAUUGAGAUUUUGAGAUUUUGACGACGAUUUUUAUACGCGCUCAUCUAUCUAUCUAUUCAUUUGUGCAAUCAAGUCAAAUCAAUAAGAUUAAUCGAGAUACAAAUACAAACACGAAGAGAAGAGAAAGAUAGAUAGUUCUGGGGUUUGACCAAAGAAGAAUCGAAUCGAUUGCGCCGGCUCGAAAUCGAAAUUAUUCGCUGCAUACGCUGAGAAACCUCUCCUCUCUACUGUCUUGGGCCUUGACAUAUCUAUCUGAAAUAUAUCUGAAAUAUACAUCAGCACACAACAGAAAUAUACAAAUCCAACACGAUGAAAUUCAAUACUCUAGCAUUGAAUUUCAGCUUCUGCUUGGUGGUGUUGUUUGGAAGUGUGCAUGCUGAUGAGAUGGGACAUGCGAACGCGGAUGCGAGUUUGGAAGGAGAGUUUGCGAGGGAGUUUAGAGGGGUGUGGGGGAGGGCGUUGAGUAAUUUGCAGAUCUUUACGGGUUCUUUGGGUGGUGUGUCGGCGGAUCCGAUAACUAAUUCUGGGGAUCAUUCGAGACCGUACAUGGUUGCGGGAGAUACUUUUCCAGCAUUCACCGACGCCAUCUCUCGAUCCUGCGCCAAUCAAAACAACAAAUGCGCAGACGCAGCCAACAAUCCUGCAAAAGCAGCAGCAGAUUUAAGUGUGGAGGGUUGUCAAACUCAGGAGUGUAUGUUUAUCCCUUCUAAUUCUUCUUCUCCUUCUUCUCCUUCUAUACAUACAUCUUCGCAUGUGGUGAAAAGAUAUGCGGGUUCUUCUCAUGGGGUUUGGGUGGGUAGAUUGUUUGGGGUUUUGAGGGGUGUGGUGUUGUUUUUUCUGGGGAGCUUUGGAUUUGUGUGUUUGUUUUUUGGGGGCUUUUUGGUGGGGAUUUGUUAGGGUUGGAGGAGAGGAGAGUUGUUUGAUGUUUGGAUUGGGAUUAGGUUUGUGGGGGGAGAGACGGUGGUAAUGGUAAUGGAUUGGGUUGGGGAAGUUUGUAUGUGAUAGAUAGAUUGAGGUAGAUGAAGGGCUGGUCCCGAAUCAUCUAUGAUAAUGUCUUUUUUUUAUUUUUUUAGAAGAAGCGAUAUAUAUAUACAUAUAUAUAGGAGACGAAGAAGAAAGGGGGAACGAGUAGACAAAAAGAGGAGGGGGAAGGAAGAGAGAGAAAGGAAAGAAAAGAGAAGACACAGAAGCUGUUUGAACCCAAUAGUUGAUUGUAUGAAAAAGAGGAUAUGAGAUAGGAGAUAUGCAAAGAAAGAAGGAAAGCUAAUUUCUUCCACAACCUCAGCAUCGUGUAUUGCGGCGGGAGCGACGGCUACGCAGACGAACUUUCAGGUGCUCACGAGUUCGAAUGCGGAGUUUGAUUUUAUUUGUGAUUCUUAGGGGAGGGGUUAUCUGGUUUGGUCGUGGGGGUGGGAGGAGAGGGGUUGGAGGGAUGGAAGAUGAGGAGAAAGGGGGAAGGAGGGGGACAGGUGGGAUAGGAGAACUUGGAAGGGAAACAAAGAGAGAAUGAGGAGAGCAGGGAUACAGAUGCUUACGGGUGUAUGAAGGAAGCGAGGAAAUCAUAUCUGGAGAUAUCCAAACAGACUCGAGGGAAGGAAGCAACCGUCCCCUGUCCCCAAAACGAUUUCAUACGAGAAGACGAUGGUUCGAAAAAUAACACACUUGUGGAAUACUCAUAGCAAGGUGUCGAAGCUUAGAGGGAUAGCGUUGGAUAUCAGAAUGCUAUUUUAUAUAUGUGUGUAUACAAUACAAACUUCUAAAUAUACAGUUGGAUAAAAUGGAGUUUGGAGUUUGGAGUUGGGGUAUCGUCAUCUUACUAUCUACAUAUUCAUCUAUUUCAAUUCUUAUUUAGAGCAAUCAGACCGCCGAGUUCGAACUUCACAACAAAAAUUCCCAUGAUCGAUUUCUUGGGAAUCACCCCCAGGCACUCAAAUGGCUAUGGUGACUAUUUUUUUUCUUUCUCCUUGACCGUGAAAUUCACAGGUCUCGUUUAUUGAUCGGUUUGUUUUGUGGUGUGGCAUAUUUUUAUAUCUUCGCUUUUUGUUACCUUGUUACCUGGUUCAAUAUUGAAUGUCCAUCGAUAUCCUGAGCUGUUCUUGAUAUGUUUGAGUAUUCUAUCUUUCUUGAUAGGUAGGUAGGUAGGUAGGUGGGUGGGUAUCCAUCCAAUAGUACGAUAGGUAGUACGAGUAAUAAUGGCUGCUCCCUAUCGAUAUAAACCAAAGGGGAUGAAUGCUAUUAAGUGAGAGUAUGUUUUGGGUUUGUAAGUUUUGUAAGUUUUGUUGCAUAUCGUCGCUUUUUAUUUCCAGGGUGAUGACUCGUGGAUUGAGUGGGAGAUUGGGGAGAUGUGGUGGGAUGGAUUUUAGUGGGUGCGUGGUGGAGGCGAAUGGAUGGAUGUGCGUGCUGCGCUGUUCGCUAUCUAUUGCUGUUAUGGUGGGUGAGUCGUGAGUCGUGAGUCGAGUUGUGGGAAUUAUCUCGGUGUACAGACUCGAGACAGAGUAAAGGUUAGAAAAUACUACGUAGGUGGCUAGUUUUGUGGAUUGAUUGAGUAUAGUAUGUAGCUUACGAGCCUGAGAAAAGCUGGAGGCGAAAAUCGGGUUACAUCGUAGCAUUAUCGGCAUGAUUUUGAUUUCA